AUGCCUUCGGAUCAGCUGGCGAGGCUGGGGGGUUGGCGCUUCAUCGACGUGAUGACUAAGCACUACCUCACAACCAUUCCAAGGGAGGCCGUGCUGCUGAAGGCGGGCUUCACCGGGGUUGACGGUGACUACUUCCUGGGUCGCGCAACUGUUCCGGUCAGCGAUAAGCUGGAUGAGCUAUGGAGGAAGCACAUUUUCCCAUGGGCCGCCACGGACAAAGGACAGCAACAGUGCAAGGAUUACAACCGCAGGAUGGUGAAAACGCAGAAGCCGGAGAAGCAGGACACCGCGGGGCUAAACAUACUGAAGGAGCUGGAUGGGGACGCUAGGAUGGCGGUCGCGCAAGACCAGGCGAUGUAUUACAUCCACCAGCCGCGACACCCGUACGUGGUCAACAACCCGCUCUGCCAGACGGAGGAAUUUGCGUCGUGGGCUGCAGAUGUCUCAUUGGCAAAUCAACUCGCCAUACUAGAGGGGCUGCUGGAGGAUCGCGAUCGGAAACUGGCCGAGAAGGACGAGCGCGUGAAUGAUUUGGAGGCCCAGCUGUCGCGGCUCACCGUGAGCAGCCCAGGGCCGACCGCGGUUCCGAACCAAGCAACCACUCCUGGAGCCGCGGCCGCGUCGACCAAUGCCACAGGUCCCACCGAGCAGGGGACGCGGAAGAAACCCGCAGCGCCCACCAGGGAACAGACGAUUCGGGACGCGAUCGUCCUUCCAUGGGUCAACGCCACCAAACCGUCAGACAGAUGGAAGCUGUACAAGACAACGCACCCGCUGAUCCUCGAGAGUCCAGAGUCGCUUCUAGCCCAACCCCGCAGCGCAGUUACGCGAAUGGCCGCGCUCAUUGGGGAGGAGGGAGGCGGCCAGAACGCGAUAAACCGUGUUAAGCGAAUCAUGAACUUCAUCGCCCACAGGGUGGAGCAAGGAGACGACAUCGCGGUAGUGCUCGACAAGCUCGACCUCAUGUCAGGUGCUGUGGGCAUGUCGGGUGUAUCGGAAGGGAUCGCAAUAAAGAAGAAGAGUGUUGACCUGGAACUGAGCCAGCUCAAGAAGGGUUCUCCAGUGGAGGUGCAAUUGCGUGUGAAGUGGAUGCUUGUUUGCGACCGUCUCAUCAAUGCCUCUCUUCCCGCUUCUGAGUUCACGGUCGCGUGGCCCCAGUACUGUGCGCUGAUGCCAGACUUGCAGUAA